AUGGCGGCUGCCUUGCUGAUUAUAAAGUUGGACCUGCAGCCAGAGCUGGAUAUGGAGCAGGUCUGCAUUCCACUCCUGCUUCAGGAUAAAGUGAGCCUGGUCGAGGCCUAUGUAGCUGACUAUCCAGGACUACAGCGUGUCUUGUUGCAGCUGCUGGAUUCCUGGGCCAUUCGAUGGCCAACAUUGCAGACAUCCAAAGAGUUCUGCCCAAAUGUCGUGAACCAGCGCCUAGUGGCUUCCAUCAAAUACCUCUUGUAUAAACGCUUUAUGGAGAGAAGCAUGAGCGAAGAGAACUGGUCAGAACACAUUGAGGCUGUCGUGGGAUAUAACCCCCAACUUCGGCUGCAGUUUGUGACCUUAUUGGCAAGAUACACAGAUAUAGACACAGUUGCUCGCUGGGCCCUGAGGCUUAAUGUGCCCAGAGAAAAGUUAGCGUAUCACGUUGCUGAACGACUAAAGCAACUGGAGAAAGUCAAAGCGAUAAGUUUAGAGAACCAUUUUGUGGAGGAGAGUAUAGAAGAGAUACAGAACAAGAAGAAGUUGUACUAUCAGCUGCCGAUUCCAACAGAGUAUAUUCACUUCCUGGACCAUCUGGAUCAGUUGAAGAGCUGUGCAGCCCGUGUAUUACAGGCUGGUGGCAUUCUAGGGAUCGAUAUGGAGUGGAGGCCCACAUUUGGGGUGUUAACCCGUUCACGAGUGUCUCUCAUACAGAUUGCGAUGAAAGACUGUGUGUACCUUCUGGACUUGCCUCAGCUUGUAAAUCAGUCUGAAUCUGAGUGUCGGCGAUCUGAACUUACCCAAUUCAUUCAGACUUUGUUCACCGAUCAAACCAUAACUAAACUAGGUUAUGCUACAACAGGGGAUUUGCGGACUCUGUCUAUAGCCUACCCCAUGUUAAAAGAUGUGGUGCAGCCCACUGCGGGAGUAUUGGACCUUUUAAAUGUGCACAAAGAGCUGCAGAAAAUGCCAUGUCGAAGACAGGACAAAAGCAGGGGUGUGGAAGUGCUAAUGUCAGAGGAUGGUGUAAACUCUGGGAACAGCCAUGGUGAAAAGGGGCUUAGUCUCCUUGUGCAGUGUGUGCUGGGGAAAUCACUGGAUAAAACGGAGCAGCUAUCUAACUGGGAGAAGCGGCCUCUCCGGCCCCAGCAGGUCAUUUAUGCAGCAUCUGAUGCCUACUGCCUGCUGGAUGUAUAUGAUGCCCUACGUUGGGACCCACAACGCUUUGGCUUGAGCUGCAGCUUUGAAGAAUUUUUCAUGUUCAAAAUGGAGAAGAAGGCGAGGGGAAUGAAAGAAAAGAAAAACAAGAGCAGUCCGACCUUACCCUUUCAGUGUGCACAGACCCCGCAGCCAAACUCAUUAAAGACAUCAUCCUACCCUCCUUUAUCACCCUCCGAAUUCAAUGUUGUCUGUGACAACAUGUUGCAGGGGCUGGGCCGGUACCUGCGUUGUCUUGGAGUAGAUGUGAAGAUUCUGGAGAAUGACGAUGAUCACAGGAAGGCUGCUGAGAAUCACACAUUGAAGAGUAAGCGUUGCACAAGUGCCUCGUAUGACGGCUCGGUGGUUAGCAUUGUUGCCACACAGCACCAGGGACCCGGGUUCAAUUCUAGCCUCGGAUGA